AUCGACACGUUGAGGUAAACCCUAGCUAGUGAUCUCCGGCACAGGGUUCAUCGCCGUCUUUUUGCUGUAAAAAACGUCAAUCGCUGCAACGACAAUGGCGACUGCGAGAACUGUGAAGGAUGUAUCGCCUCAUGAUUUCGUCAAGGCUUAUGCCGCUCACCUCAAAAGAUCCGGCAAGAUGGAGCUUCCUGAAUGGACUGAUAUAGUGAAGACUGCCACUUUCAAGGAACUUGCUCCCUAUGACCCAGAUUGGUAUUAUAUCAGAGCUGCUUCCAUUGUUAGGAAAAUAUACUUGAGGGGAGGUCUUGGUGUUGGUGCAUUCCAGAGGAUCUAUGGUGGGCAUAAGAGAAACGGAAGCAGUCCGCCACAUUUUUGCAGAAGCAGUGGCGGUCUUGUUCGUCACAUUCUUCAACAGUUGGAAACCAUGAAAAUUAUCGAAAUGGACACAAAGGGAGGCAGAAGGAUAACUUCUAAUGGGCGAAGAGACCUUGAUCAAGUUGCAGGACGAAUUGUACUUGCACCUUGAAACUCUGAAUGGCUGGAGAUGAUAUUUAGCUAGGUUUUUUGGUCAAACGGCUUUGCUUUUGAUUGUGAGUCCCUGUGUUUUAGUUCUAUUUUUGACCGAGGUGAAUCUUUGAGUUGCUUUAGAUCUUGUUGAUGGUAGACUUGCAUUUCAAAAUUGGAGAGUUUCUUCGUUAAAUUUAUAAUCGGAGUAUAUGAUUCGAGGCGUUCUUUUUGUU